AUGCAAGAAACACGGGAGGGAGCAGAGUUUCACUCGGAAGAGAAGAGCACGGAUGUCGAAGAAGACAUCAGAAAGCUCAUGAACAAAAAGGUAAAGCACUCGGAAAAACAAAAGGACCUUCCCAUUGAAACAGUGGAGACCGCUAUUUCCCUGCUAAAGCAGCUUACAGUGCAGUACGACGAGCUGGAGGCGUUCUUUAAGACGGCAAAACCUGAGAAUACAGAACAGUUUCCCAUUGAGUUGGUCAGUGAGAUCGUAAAAUCAAGCAAAAUAUCGCCCGUUCUGUGCAAAAUGAUAGAAAACAUUGCAGAGCAGAACAAAGAGCUGAGAAAAGAGGGAGAUUUGACAAAGGUGUCAGAAGUGUCGAUAAAAAACCAGCUGGAGCAGGUGAACACGUCGUACAGAACAGCGAAAAUGGAAGCAAAAUAUUUGAACCAGGCGCUGAAUGAAGCCACCAAGGAAAUAAAAAAACAAAAAGAAGAGUUCGCGCAGCAGAGAAAAAGAGUACUGGAGCUGGAGACAGCUUUGGACGCACAGAAGAAGCUGGCUAAGGAGCUGCUGAGAGAUAAGAAAGUAAGCAAUAAAGAGACAGACAUUCAUGAAGAAGAGAAACAGGUGCUUCAGAGCAUAAUAGAACACAAGGACAAAGAAAUAGAAAAAAUAAAAGCACAGGAAGAAGAAGCGGUCUAUGACAGAAAAAGAAUAAAAAGAGAGCAUGAAGUGCUGCAGAUACAGUACAACAGACUGAAGAAAAGAGCAGAGCUGAAAGAGAAGGCGCUGAAUAACUGCACAACAGAGAUGGAAGGGCUGAUAAAACAGAUGGACAAACUGUCCAGAUCAGAGAUGCAGAAAAAAGAGAGACUGGAGUACCUGGCAAUCAACAACAAAAAGAAAGAGUAUGACACACAGGCAUACGCCACAAGCAAAAGCAGGGCAGGCCAUGUGAGAGCAACAAAAGCACAGACAGAAAAAGCAAAGACAGCAGAGCCCGCUGCUAGAGUAAAAGAUCUGCCUGCAGGAGAGAGCGCAAGUGUGCGCAGAAACACUCCGAUGCAGCCUGAAGUAAUACCCGAUGAAACCGAGGAGUCAGAGAGAGAGCAAAGCAUAACAGACAUUCCCAUCUCUUUUUCCCACGCGGUGGAUGAUGCAUCGGUGUCGGACAUGGAAGACACAGUUUCAUCGAACAAAACAGCAACAAGCUUCAAGGAGAUGCAAAAAAGAACAGAGGAAAUGGCUAAAAAGUUCAAAGAGCUGGAAAACCUGCUGAGCGAAAUAAAAAAGUCAAAUGACUCGGAGCUGGACAAGGUAGAGGAAAGAAUAAACCACAGAAAGUAG